CCCGCGCAUCCAGACCGCGUCACCAAUACGACUACAAGUCAUUCUAUUAUCGACAAACUGAUUAUAUAUUGCAGGAAUGGGUGUUAUGUGCACUGAUAACAGUGUAUAUUCACCAUGGCACACGCAGCCAACAUUAGCGCGUUGACCGACCAGCUAAUUGCGGCAGUCACAAAAUCCCCAGACCAAAAGAAUAUAUCGCGCUAUAAGAAUCUUAAACGCCGUAUCGAGGAAAUUUUCAAGGCUCGUCAGUAUGGGCGGACGGACCAGUUUGCAGUUGCGAAACAGCUAGAAGGACUACAGGAGAAAUUCCAAGUCCUGAAUAGAGACGAGUUGGCGACGGACCUGCGGUCGUCUCUAGUCGAGUUGGAUAACUACCGGAGCCCAUGGUUUCCGGAGAUCUUAUCCCUGUUCCUGCAACUCUCGGACCGUCCGGUUCUGCAAUCGCAACGGGAUCAAAUCGUGACACAGAAGCCUGUACAAGUCGAGGAAUCGCUUUCUUGGCGCGAAGUAGAUCUUGCUGGAGCCGCAUACUGUGAUGAAGAGGAUAUCUGGGAAGACGUAGACUUUCGUGCUGGAUCUUCGGAAGACGACAUCUCAUCAGUAUCCAGUGAAAUCUCCGUUCCCCGCAUAUUGCCUCAAGACUCGAUAGCACUGGAUGAGGAGUAUGUGAUCCCGGAUGAGGUGUUCAUGCCGGGAGAAGAUGGCGGUGUACUCGUCACCAUUAAAGACAUCCAGUUUUGGAACCCCGAAAACAAUACAGCGCUAUCUCACAAGGGAAACUAUUCUCGCCCUGUUACUGAACUUCAGAUUGUGAGAGAAACUAUCUUCAUGCUGCAAGGCCUUCCCACGUCUCUAUUCCGGCGUUCCGGCGACAGCGUCGAGGUAAAUCGCACAUAUGCGCUUGCACAUUCCUCGAAUGAAGCACUGUCGUAUUUAUUACAGUCAUUUAGCGCCAUAGGGACCCAGGUUGGUAUAUUGAGGAAGUUCAUCACCGUCCCUCAAACCAUCGCCUAUGUUCAGAGUUUCGUUCGCGGCAUCGAAGACCUUUUACGGAAGUUUGACGCCUUUCUGUCAAAAGCACAGACGCAAUAUCUUACACCGAGGUCGACAGUCGCAGUAAGCUUACUAGAGCUGCUGGAAGUAGUCAGGCGUGAGUCAAGAGUCCUUCUGAGCCUAGUGGGUCUUGUCUCGACCAUCAGCCAUGAUGUACAGACUCAGUCUGUGCGGUGUCUUGAUCUACUAUACGAUUUGGUAUGCAUGACACAGGCCGUUGGCAAUGAUAAUGAAUUCCAGUCACUUGCAGAAUUAUUUUUCUUCUGCUUCAAAUCUUAUAUACGUCCCAUCCGGCUCUGGAUGGAAACGGGACAGCUGGAUUCUGUGGAAGAAACCUUCUUUAUCCUUGAGGACCACAAAGAUCGCGACCUACGAACUCUCUGGCAUGAUUGGUAUACGCUGGAUGAAGCUUCUAGGCUGCCGAAUGCUCCCAAGUUUCUCCAUCAAGUUGCUCGCAAGAUCUUUACCACUGGGAAAAGCAUGGUCUUUCUGCGCCAUUUGGAGGCCAUUCCAACGGACAUAGACCGUCUAAGCAAAAGUACACUAACGUUUGAAGAUCUAUACCCUCAACAUUCCUCAUCGUCAUUUGCUUUGCCAUUCUCCGUGCAACUGGAAUCAUCAUUUGAAAAGCUCAUUGACGCAAACCAUUCCAUCACUUCAGACUGGCUGCAAGCAGCCCUCGACCAACAAUGCGGGCUAUGGACGUCUCUUCAAGCCCUGGAUUACAUAUACCUCGGCAAAGACAUGGGCAUCACAGGGAACAUCGACAACAAAAUCUUCGAAUCCAUCGACCGAGGAAAAGAUGCAUGGAAUGACCGCUUCUUGCUCACAGAACUGGCCCAGCACGCGUUCAGCGCUUUACCCUUGAUCGACCCGUCUAGAGUCAUAGUCCGAUCUUCCAAAGUCUCACCGCAAGACCUCGACGUCCAAAACAAAUCCGUCAAAAUGUUAAAUGUGCUCUCAUUCGACUACAUCCUCCCUUGGCCGGUAGCCAAUAUCAUCACAAGAGACGCCAUCUCCACAUACCAGCGCAUCUCCACAUUCCUCAUGCAGAUCCGCAGAGCCCAACACGUGAUCGUGAAACAACGCCUCCAGUACAGCAGCAAUUCCGCUGAAAAGAACUCCGAUAGAACGCACAACGUGUUAGGCUACGCCGUCCGACAUAGCAUGCUCUGGUUUCUGAAUACACUUUACGGCCACAUCGUUGACGUGGUCAUUUCGACCACGACGACCGCAAUGCGGAAGGAACUUUCGUCGUCGAAGGAUACUGAUGCUAUGAUUGCAGUUCAUCGCGCUUAUAUCUCAUCAAUGGAAGACCAGUGUCUGCUGUCGAGGAACCUCGUCCCGCUCCAUGAAGCGAUUAUCAACACUCUAGAUCUCUGCGUCCGCUUUGCGGAUAUGCAGGCGGUGUGUUACGGUGAUAACCAACACGAUCAAUCGCGGAGCAAUAAGCUUUCCCGGAAACAACACAAUGAGAACCAAAGCGAUUCUGACUCCGACUUCAAUGAGAAUGAAGAUGAAGAUGAUGAUCUUGACCAAGGCAACACAACUCGCACCGUCUCUGCAGGCACACCGUAUCCGCAGCAGAUCCGUUCUCUGAAGAAUGAAUUCGACCGGUCUGUUGGCUUCCUGACGGCCGGUCUGAAGAGUGUGGGACGUGUUGACGGACAGCCUAGUUGGGAGAUAUUAGCAGAAAAAUUGGAGUGGAGGAAGGAGCGCGAAGCAUUUUAGCUGACGUGACUAGGAGUUUAACGGUUAUGUAUGUUUCAAGGCGUCUACUGGGAUAUGGGGGUGGCUAUUCAUGAUUGUUAAUGUCCAUGGGAUCUAAAAAUAUUACAGAGAAAUUUUACAAGUAGCAUUUAAUGACAAAAUGCUUAAUUGAAAUAAUAGU